CGUCAUUUGAAAAAUUCAGAAAAAUGGCUCAGAAUAUUCCUCCCCAUUUAUAUUCAAGUUUCUGGUCAUAAGAAAUGAUUAGAUAGACAUUAAGAAUGUCGAUAGUCAGAAGAGCAAAUAAUAUUGUUUCAAACUACAAUAUUUUUUGAGGAUGUCUUCCAAGGCAAAUCGCCAUAGUGGUGAAAACUUUAACUACAAAGACAGUGCCAAUGGCAAAGAUAGUCGUCGGGAGAGCAACAAAGAAUUUAAACGAGAAAUAAGCGUCAAUUCCAAAGAUCCUUCAAAGAGAGAAAGCAAGGAAAGCUUGAAGAGAGAAAUUAAUUCCAAUUCAAAAGAUGUAUCUCGUAAAGAAAGUAGUUCCAGUAAGUCAUCGGUGGUGCUGCGUGAUAAACGGAAACAAGUGUUGAAGAGGGCAGAAGCAUCAGAUUCCGUAAGUGAGGAUGGAAGUGAUGACAAUCAAUCCGUAGCAAGCAAUAUGACAGAUGGCCCCCCAGCUGCCCAGCAAGGCAAGAAGCUGCGCCAUCAGAAGACUAUGGGGGAAUGGGAGAUUAUUGAAGGUUUGAAAGAAGGACAGACAUACCAAAAGAAACCAAGAAAGUUUGAAGGCUAUCUCAUGAAAAGAAGGAAAUGGCCUAUGAAAGGCUGGCACAAAAGAUAUUUUGUACUUGAUAGUGGCAUCAUGACAUACGCCAAAACACCAUCUGAUAUUGCGAAAGGGAAAAUCCAUGGAACCAUAGAUCUUGGUUUGUCCGUUAUAUCAUAUAAAAAAUACACAAAACGACUAGACAUAGAUGCUGAGGAUAUUAUCUACCAUUUAAAGGUGAAGAGUUCCAAUAUUUUUGAUGGCUGGAUCACCGAGAUUACACACCACAGACUUUAUAGACAGCACAAGAUUUCCUAUGGAGACCGCGACGUCAGCAAAAUCAAUAAAUUUUCUAGUCAGGAAGAAACUGCUCCAGAAACUUAUGUUACACCUACUCAGGAAAAACCACCAGAUGAGCUGUUCCGUGAAUUACAACGCACACUGAGCCUAACGAAGGUGAGAUCAGGAAGUAUGAAAUCUCGAAGUUCCACUUUAACUCGCGGUCAAGGGAGAGUUGCAGCCUGGCUGCUAGACAUGACUGGUUUGGAUAAAUGCAAUACAGAUUUGGAGAAUGUCCAUGCUAGGUUGGUAGAACUGAACGAAGUCCUACAGAAGCUAGGCCAGUCUAAUAGUCCUUUACAGCCAGGUGGCUCAUCCAAUACAGAGCUCAACACCAGUAGCCUCAAAAAAGAGAAAACAGGAAUCCGCCUUUCUUUCCGUAAAUCUAGUUCCAAGAAGGAGAAGAAAGGGGCGCGGACCCCUGAGUUGCCUCGUAAGAGCCUCCUUUCCCCCGGUGGGAGUGAACGAUUUCACUUGAGCUCAUCCAAUCCUAACUUAUCAACCCUCGACACAGACAGGGGUCGACCAAUCAGCCUUCCUAACACAUUCCUCAACACGUCACCUCCAAGUAAAGAGCAACUAGUCCAGGACAACCAUUUACGUGAAGAUUUUAUUGGAACCGCUAAAAAUAUUUAUGAAAGUUUGAAAGGCUUGGUGUCAAAUAUGGACACUGAGAGGGAGAAGAUCCGUCAUGCUUUGGAGCAAGACUCCCUCGCUCCUUUAGGAGCAACAACCAACUAUGCAGUAAAACAACAACUCAUUGAGGCCCAGAGGCAGAAUGCUGAGCUAAGGGCUAGAUUGUCUAGGAUAGCUGGAGAGUGUGAUGUAUCUGGGGUUGUUCCUAUACCUACAGUAACAGUGGACUCUGCCCCUGUAUCUCCAAGGCCAACCAUGACACAUUCAAUCUCAGCUGAUAGUACUUCUAUAUGUGAAUUCUUUGAUGCCAAUGAGUACCUGAUGUCAAGUGAAGCCUCCAGUGAUAUAUCUGAUGAGGAAGAUGAUGCCUCCAGUGAUAUCUCUGAUACGGAGAAUACAACUCCUGGCGAAAGUGUGGCUGAAGUUGAUGACCAAGGGUGCCCCCGUUACCUGACUGGACGGCGUACCAAGCUUCCCUCCCCACGUCCUGAUACGGGUGAUGUUAGCCUAUGGGGUCUGCUAUGCAGAAAUAUCGGAAAGGAUCUCUCAAAGAUAUCAAUGCCAGUAACCCUGAAUGAACCUCUCAAUAUGCUGCAGUGGCUAUGUGAAGAAUUGGAGUACAGUGAAAUGCUAGAUAAAGCUGCAGAGAUACAAGACCCUGUACAGAGAAUGGUUCAUAUGGCAGCAUUUGCAGUUAGCGGAUAUGCAUCAUCAUACUAUAGGUGUGGUCAGAAACCAUUCAAUCCACUGCUUGGAGAGACAUAUGAAUGUGUCAGAGAGGACAAAGGCUGGAGGUUUAUAUCUGAACAAGUCAGUCAUCAUCCCCCUAUAUCAGCAUGUUACUGCGAGUCAAAGAACUUUGUUUUUUCACAAGAUGCCCAGAUAAAGACAAAAUUCUGGGGGAAAUCUAUGGAGAUCCAACCUGUAGGAGUAGUCUGUGUUAAACUUCCAAAAUUCAAUGAGCAAUACCAGUGGAAUAAGGUUACAACGUGUGUUCACAAUAUAUUAGGUGGUCAAAGGUGGUCUGAACAGUAUGGAGAGAUGAACAUUAAAUGUGACAAUGGCAUCACAUGCAAACUCACUUUUACUAAGGCAAGUUAUUGGUCUGAGAAAUGUCAUGAAGUCUAUGGGAGUAUUUGUAAUGCUGAUCGUAAGGUCUUGACGCACAUUUUUGGGAAAUGGAAUGAGGGGAUCUACUCUGGUCAUGCCCCCUCUGCUAAGUGUAUCUGGCGACCAGGUGCAAUGCCAGAGGACUAUGAACUAUAUUAUGGUUUCACAAGGUUUGCCAUAGAGUUGAAUGAACUAUGUCAGGAAGAUGCCAAGCUGCUUCCUGCAACUGACACAAGAUUCAGGACUGACCAGAGAUUGCUUGAAGAAGGAAAUGUGCAAGGGGCGGAGAAUGAGAAACUACGAUUGGAACUUAUGCAACGUGAGAAACGGAAACGUCGGGAAGAGGAAGGCAUCAAGCAUGAACCUCGAUGGUUUAGGAGGUUAACCAGUGAUAAAUCAGAGAACUAUGUGUAUGGUGGACAAUAUUGGAACAAAAGAAAAGAUCCAGGGUUUGCACGACUGACAUUCCCUAAACUUUGGUAGACCCAUAUACACCAACAUGCCAAAUCAAUAUCCAUUAUAGAGCUCCUCAAGACUAUAGCUUUAUAUCUACUGAAGAACAGGCUACAUUUUCAAUUUCAUAAAUCGUCCAAAUAUUUGAAUUACAUCAAACAUGUUAAAUAUUUCAGCAUCCUGUUGUUUUGUUAAAAAUAUUUUGUAAAUCUUUUUGAAAUAGAUCAGCCAUAUAAAGCUUUAUGAAUUAACUGAAUUUUCAAAUUGUGUAAUCAUAUUAUAAUGAUAUCAAUUGUAUAGAAACUAUAUAAAUGAGGGUCUAAAGAUUGCUCAGAAGAGAAAUGCAGUACAAUUCAGGUAUGAAUGUAUACAAGAGGCUGUAUAUGGGAAGGUCUGUAAGAAUCUGUCACAGUGUAUGGUCACAACUGGCGUGUACUGUAUAACAUUUAGCCAUAUCUGUAUGAUAUGUAUGUGAAUCACACUGUAUCUGUAUUUAUACAAAUAUGAUUUUCAAUUUAUCAAAAAAUGCAUGAUCAAGUUUAUAAAUGUUACAAUAUUAUAUAUUAUCUAUCAUAUACACAUACAUGUACCUAUAGAUAUUAUUUAAAAAGGAGAUUGUAUUCAUAGAAUGCAUUAUUUUUGUCACUCUAUGCAUGUCCUGUUUUGUACACAGAGGCGUUUUUCAGAGUGUGAAAUCCUACCUCUAGUUCUGACAGGAUGGUUUUUUGCUACACAUUUAGUUUGAAGAUCACACUGUUUUCCAAUUUCCAUAUGCAAAUAGUCGCACAAAUGUUUCUCUUCGAAUCUUCUCAGGCUUUGCUACUUAAGAAUCAGAGAAAAAGAUCUUUAUGUUAC